AUGGUAUGGUGGUCCUACCUCCAAAUAUGUGGAAAAACUUUUUUUCUUUUUGGAAAAUUGAACGUGCCUCUGUCACGCACAUCUGUAUCCGAAACUCACCUCGCAUCAGAGAUUCGACAUAAGGCUACUUCAGAAACUCCAUUUGGAGAAUCUAUUUAUUCUCAUUCAUCGUUAAAUGGUUCUUUUCUGGUGGGAAAUUCCAAUCUUUCCGGAGGUCUAUUACCUUCUAUCAAGAAGAAUUUGGAACAAGGAGGCAACAGUAGAUCUUCAGUUUUUCACUCAGUAGAUAGUAACAGAAGCUCCGAAAUGGGUAUCCCACCUGUUCACCCACAUUCCAGUCAGGUGGCUAGGAAAAUAUUGGACCACCUUCAGCGAAAUGGGCACAACAGUUUGCCAUAUUUAGGAUUUGAUUCUUCUAAAAGCAAGGAUCAAAUCAACAAUGGAAGUCCUGCUCAGUGGAAUGAAGAUAGAGAGAACUCAUUUUCUGUGCCUUCUCCAGAGAUUGCCAUUGAGGCUAAGAAUGUGAGAAAAACCUCUUCUGCUUCAGACUUACUAAUUGAUAGCACUAUUACAAUGUUUAGCAAUAAUGCGAGGUUUUUAUUAGAUUUUGGAAAAACUCAUGAUUCUCAAAUCAAAACUGCACAUAAGGAUCUCUCAAAGGUCACUGAUGCUGCUGUGUCUGGGGGUCUACUAAAGCAUUCAUCUAACACUUUGGGAAAUAAACUAGUUUUGGCUUCUAUAUCUGUCAGCAAGCCUAAGCAAAGGUGGAUGUUUACUUCAGAUAAUAGCACUGGUUUCACUUUCCCUAUUUCUGCAUCUUCUGGCGUGUCUUCUGAGCCUCUAACACCAUCCAUCAUGCCAUCAUUAUCAGGUAAUUGUCAGCUUCAGCCUAAAGAGGAAAACACAAGACCAUAUAGUUUUGCCACUAACCAUGUUGAUGCUUCAGAUAUUAACUUCAACUUCGGAUCUGAUAGGUCAUCGAGAAUAUCUUUCAGUUCAAUAGGACAAAAUACUAUAUGCUACUGA